AUGGCCGUGGUCGUUAGUCUGUGGCGUAGGUUACCAAGCCACAAGGUUACCAAGCCACAAGGCAAGGAUCAGUUUGAUAACUUGGACAAGCAUACACAGUGGGGCAUUGACUUCUUGGAGAAGUAUGCAAAAUUUGUAAAAGAAAGGAUAGAAAUUGAGCAAAACUAUGCAAAACAACUGAGAAAUCUGGUUAAGAAGUACUGUCCUAAACGUUCACCCAAAGAUGAGGAACCCAGGUUUACUUCGUGUAUUGCCUUUUUCAACAUCCUUAAUGAGCUGAAUGACUAUGCAGGACAGCGAGAAGUAGUUGCGGAAGAAAUGGGACACAGAGUGUAUGGAGAAUUGAUGAGAUACUCGCAUGAUCUAAAGACUGAGAGAAAAAUGCAUCUUCAGGAAGGCCGAAAGGCUCAACAGUAUCUGGACAUGUGCUGGAAACAGAUGGAUAAUAGCAAAAAGAAAUUUGAGAGAGAAUGCAGAGAGGCAGAGAAGGCACAGCAAAGCUAUGAAAGACUGGACAAUGACACCAAUGCCACAAAGGCUGAUGUUGAGAAGGCUAAGCAACAGUUAAACCUGCGCACACAUAUGGCUGAUGAAAACAAAAACGAGUAUGCUGCACAACUACAGAAUUUUAAUGGGGAACAGCACAAACACUACUACAUUGUCAUUCCUCAGAUUUAUAAGCAACUUCAAGAAAUGGAUGAAAGAAGGACUAUCAAACUUAGUGAAUGUUACAAAGGCUUUGCUGACUCUGAGCGCAAGGUUAUUCCGAUUAUCUCUAAAUGUUUAGAAGGGAUGAUCCUUGCAGCAAAAUCGGUUGAUGAACACAGAGACUCUCAACUAGUGAUAGACUGCUUCAAAUCCGGUUUUGAGCCUCCUGGAGAUUUUCCAUUUGAAGAUUACAGUCAGAAUAUUUACAGAACUAUCUCUGAUGGAACCAUCAGUACACCAAAGCAGGAAGGAAUGAGAAUUGAUUCAAAAACUACAGUGGGCAAGGCUAAAGGAAAGCUGUGGCUCUUUGGAAAGAAGCCAAAGGGCCCUGCACUAGAAGACUUCAGCCAUCUCCCUCCGGAACAGAGACGCAAGAAACUGCAACAGAGAAUCGAUGAACUUAACAGAGAACUACAGAAGGAAACAGACCAAAAAGAUGCCCUCAUCAAGAUGAAGGAUGUUUAUGAAAAAAAUCCCCAGAUGGGUGAUCCAGGCAGUCUGCAACCAAAAUUAACUGAGACCAUGAGCAACAUGGACCGUCUUCGGAUGGAAAUACACAAGAAUGAGGCCUGGCUCUCUGAAGUUGAAGGUAAAGUAGCAGCCAGAAGCGACAGGCGGCACAGCAGUGAUAUCAACCACCUUGUAACACAGGGCAGAGAGAGCCCUGAAGGGAGUUACACGGAUGAUGCCAAUCAGGAAGUUCGCAGCCCCCCGCAGCAACACGCGCAUCCGACCGAGUUUGAUGACGAGUUUGAAGACGAUGAUCCGUUACCCGCUAUAGGACACUGCAAGGCAAUAUACCCGUUCGACGGUCAUAAUGAAGGCACUCUAGCAAUGAAAGAAGGGGAAAUUUUGUACAUUAUUGAGGAAGACAAAGGCGAUGGGUGGACAAGAGCUCGAAGACAUAACGGAGAGGAAGGCUAUGUGCCAACAUCAUAUAUAGAUGUAACGCUAGAGAAAAACAGCAAAGGUUCCUGAAGCGGGUUUCUGAGAAAAUGGGCGAGAUCUUGAAGGAGGUUACAUGCAGCUGCUGGGGGGGGGUGGGGUGGGUGGGGGUGGGGUGCUAGACUGGGAGGCCCAAGGGGAAAAGCUAGUUGCAUGAAUGCAUGCAGACAUACAUUUAGUCACUAACAUCUUAGCAUCUCCAUACAUAGGUAAGGGUGUGUUACAAAUUCUUCCAUUUGUGCAGGAAAAUAGAGUUCCAUUACCAGAGUAAAAAGGCUACUGCUCC